AUGAAGUACACUUUAGUUUCCGCUUUGAUUGUUGCCACAAACAUUUUUGUUGCACAUGCACAGGUAAACAACUCCUCAGACUCAUUGUACGUACACUUUUCCAACGACACAAGUUCAGACAUAAACGGAAAAUUCAAUACUACCAAUGAAGUAUCCAACAAAAGUGUUUCCCUACCUCUAGGAACUCAGCAGAUAGAGACAGCUAGUGCCGCAGUAUAUGACGUUGGUGGUUGGAACGGCUCCUUGUAUCGCUCAAAUAGAAGUGUAGUUGGUGCUCAUCAACCUAUAAUAAAGCAGGAUGCUGCCAUUUCUCAGAUUGAUGAUGGUCAAAUCCAAGCUACUGCCACUACACCUGCUACCACACCUGCCACCGCCACUGCUGACAUUCCGAGCAACAGCAGUUAUAUUUCUUCUUUUGAAGGUGCUGGUGGGAAGAUUGAACCCAAAAAUAUGGGUUGUAUGGUCGGUCUAGCAGCGCUUCUGUUUUUAUGA